AUGAUUGUAUCCCCCGGAGGGACGGAUGUGUGUGCGGCUACAGACAGAGCAGAGGAGGGGGGUGGUGGGGAGGGGGAGGAGGGGGUUCAGCGUUCGCCCCUCAGGCAGCCCUCGUCCACGGCCAAAGUGUGCCUGGUGUGUGGGGACGAGGCGUCGGGGUGUCACUACGGCGUGGUGACCUGUGGCAGCUGCAAAGUCUUCUUCAAAAGAGCAGUGGAAGGUCAGCACAACUACCUGUGCGCCGGGAGGAACGACUGCAUCAUCGACAAGAUCCGCAGGAAAAACUGCCCUGCGUGUCGCGUACGGAAGUGUCUGCAGGCCGGGAUGAACCUGGGAGCGCGAAAGUCAAAAAAGUUGGGCAAGCUGAAAGGGCUGCACGAGGACCUCCAGAGCUCUAAGGAGGCAGGCUCGGGAGGAUACCUGUGCUCGGAGAAGGACCUGAGCUCCAGCGCGGCCAACGCCCUGGUGCCCCACGGUCCCGGGGUGGUCUCGCCCUUCCUGCCCCCCUCCAUCUGCAGCGUGCUGGAGCUAAUAGAGCCCGAGGAGGUGUACUCCGGCUACGACAACACGCAGCCAGACACCACGGACCACCUGCUGUCCAGUCUCAACCGCCUGGCCGGCAAGCAGAUGGUGCGCAUGGUCAAGUGGGCCAAAGUACUUCCAGGUUUUCGCGGUCUGCCCAUCGAGGACCAGAUCACGCUGAUUCAGUACUCGUGGAUGUGCCUGUCAUCUUUCUCUCUCAGCUGGAGGUCUUACAAACACACCAACGGACAAAUGCUCUACUUUGCCCCGGACCUCAUCUUCAACGAAGAGCGCAUGCAGCAGUCGGCAAUGUACGACCUGUGUCUGGGCAUGAGGCAGGUGAGCCAGGAGUUUGUGAGGCUACAGCUGACCUAUGACGAGUUCCUGUCCAUGAAGGUGCUACUGCUGCUCAGCACAGUUCCUAAAGAGGGCCUGAAGAAUCAGCCAGCCUUUGAGGAGAUGCGAGUCAACUACAUCAAGGAACUGCGGCGGUCGGUGGGAAAAGCAACCAACAACUCUGGUCAAACUUGGCAGCGCUUCUUCCAGCUCACCAAGCUCCUGGACGCUAUGCACGAUCUGGUGGGGAACCUGCUAGACUUCUGUUUCUACACGUUUCGUGAGUCGCAGUCGCUGAAGGUGGAGUUCCCGGAGAUGUUGGUGGAGAUCAUCAGCGACCAGAUACCAAAGGUGGAGUCCGGCCUCACACACACCAUCUACUUCCACAAGAAGUGA